CAGUCAGUUUGAUUUUAGUUCGAAAGAAUAUGGCCGUGUUAGGGCCUUGUGUGAAUGUAAAUAUGAACGGUCAAAGUAAUAUUCAUAGUCAGUUAACAAAAUCAUUAGAGAGAAUUCUUGAGGAUGCAUAUUUAAGUGGCGAAUUAAAACUAAGUGGACGUAAGCUGAGAGAAUUUCCAAAGCCAGUGAAGUUUGAUUUGAGUGAUACAGUUGUUGCUGAUUUAUCGAAAAAUCGCUUCUGUGAAGUGCCCGAGGAAGUGACGACGUACAUUUUUUUAGAAAAGUUGUUGUUAUCGCAAAAUAUACUAAGGAAUCUACCUGAUGCAGUCGGCGGUCUACAGUCUCUCACAUUCUUGGAUCUCAGUUCAAAUCAGCUUACCGAGCUGCCUCGAGAAAUAUGUCAAAUGCCGCUGCAAGUCCUACUAGUGCCAGACAACCUCCUAACGACAUUGCCAAAGGAAAUCGGGAAGAUGACGACCCUAGCGGAGCUGGUGGCGUCGAACAACAGGCUGACGCAAGUGCCGAUGACGCUGGGAGACUGUGCUGGCUUGCGGGCGCUGGAUCUUAGCAAUAAUCAACUAGGAUUGUUACCUUUACAGGUGACAUACCUUCGACUGGAACACCUGGACGUCAGCUGCAACUGUAUUUCCUCUCUGCCUUUGGAACUGCGCAACAUGAGCACCCUCAUCACGCUGAACCUGGACAAUAACCCUCUUGUUUCCCCUCCCACAACGGUAUGCAUGCGCGGGCGCGUGCACAUAUUCAAGUAUCUAGAAAACAUGGCGAACAAAGACACCCCCGCACACCGUCGCGUCGAAGACACUCGCCGAACCGCCAAACACACCUCCUACCUUAACAGUCCGACAACCAACCAAAUAACGUCAGGCAACGCCACGAUAGACUGCCUCCGGCAUAAGCCGAGACAUGUCGUGGAUAGCGGGUACAGCACUGAUGGCAUGGAGAAAAGGUGGUUUAAUGAUGGCGGAGGCGAAGCAGGCGGAGGGUCCGGUCGUUCUACGCCCAGCACCCCAUCCACCCUGUCUCCUGGCGCGGCGCUGUCGCGGGCACAGUCACUGUCCAGCGAAUCCCCUUUACCACAAUUGACUCCGCUUCUCACCGGGCAAUACAAAGAAGCUUUAAGACAACAACGCCAGCAAGACAUCUACCGCCCCCGCACCGACCAAUCAUCGCCCGAUCUCGACUCCUCCCCCCACCAAAGCCCUGUCCACAACCCCCACUCCCCUGUCAACGGUCACAGUAAUGUAUCCCCCACAUAUCGUUCCACUAGCAUAUCACCAAAUUCCUCCCAAGUGCCAAACUCUCCCCUCCUGCACUCAACACCUAGAAGAUUCCAGAACCAAAAUGGGAACUCGGAGAAAGAAGAGAACAAGCGGCCAGUACAGAAAGUUGUGCCUUCGAGGAAUGUAAAUAAGAUAUAUUCUGCGGUGAACGGGAAUGUGGAGUAUGGGAGGACGAACGGACACGAUACAUAUACAAAACCUACGUCGCCUACUAAGUCUCCGACGAAUACUUUAGGUUAUAAUAGCAUAGGCACCAAAUCCAACAUCCCCCGGCAAACCAACGGCGAACCAAAGCUGCUUACAACGACGGUGUCAUACCUCAAAGGCGCCGCGCCCAAACCCGCCGGCAAGGUUCCGUGGAGUAAAGACGAUAAGCUCAGCUUUACCAUGAAGAGAGAGUUCGAUAAGCAGAAGGAGGAGUCAGAUUUGCUAGCGCAGUUGAGGACAAUAAUCGAAAGCCGGUUAAAGAUGAGCUUACCAGAGCAACUAGCGCCAGUGUUGGCCGACGGUGUCGUCCUUUGCCACCUGGCCAACCACGUGCGGCCGCGCUCCGUGGCUUCUGUACACGUACCCUCUCCUGCGCAGCCCAAAUUAACAAUGGCAAGAUGCAGGCGGAAUGUCGACAACUUCUUGGAAGCCUGCCGGAGGAUUGGCGUCGAAGAAGAAAACAUCUGCUCGCCCGAAGACAUUCUGGGCCCGGAGCGAGAGCGGGACGGCACCAUCCUACCUCUCGCUCGCACUGUAUGCGCCCUCCUCUCACACGCCACGCCGCGAAAGGAUAACCAAUCAGAACACUACCAUUACGACCAAUCGCAGGAGGAAUACGAGUAUUACCGAAGCGAUGUCGCUAACUCCAUUGAAGUGAAUUAUUAUCAAAGAACCGUGGGCAGGUACGCUGAAGACAGAGUAGUGAGCAAUUUCAACACGUUUACUGAAUACCAGAGCCAAAACUACACUAUCGACGAGGCUGACGAAUACCAAAACUACGAGAACAACAACACAGACGCGCACUAUUCACCAGUCUACGAUGGCGUAAGGAACAGAGGACCUUACUACCACAAGAAUAGAGUUCAAUUCGUCACGCCGUUCUUCAAAGGAGACGGUCUUCUGAAAUCCGAUAACUUUGACAUAUACGAUACUGACGAAGUAGAUUUCCCGAUAGAAUUAAGUCAGGAGGAUACAGAGAGAUACGACAGGGGUAAAAUGAAUUUAGAUAUACAGAACAAUUUGAACAGGGAUCUGACCAUAGAGACUGAAGCUAUGAAGAAGGAGAGGCUGUUUUUCACUUGUCUAUGCCUUGGCGCGUUUUUCGUGUCCGCAAUCUUGCUAUUUUUCUAUCCUUUAUAAUUUGAUGCAGUAAAAUUUAGAUCUGGGUAUGUACUGGUAGAAAAGUAAGGAUGCUAAGCAAGUAGAAUUUCGUACAUUGACCCGAGAUUUCCUAUUUAUCUCACGCGCGUAUAUACAUAUAUUGCUGUCUAGCCAAUGAUGCCGGCAGUGCCAAUGACUGUGCGAGCGGGACAUCUAUAUAAUUAUGCGCGUGCGAUAGAGAUAGAAAAUCGAGGGUUGAUGUACGAAAUUAUUCGUGCUUUGCGUCCUUACUUUAGGUAGAUGUUAGUAAAUGUUAGAUGAUGGAAAGUAUUAAAAUUUGUGAUUGUAUAUGAGGCAAAGGUAGAUUGUUAAUCGUUUGGCGAAAUGUAUGGCUUUUUGGCUUGGCAAUAUUACUACUUACUAGUAAGAUAGCAACGUUUCAAAGAUAUAUCGCAAUUAAAGCAAUAUUUUUAAGUGGGUGUUUUAGUUGUGACUUGGAGCGGAUGGCAGCUUUAAUGAAAUUUAAAUCUUUAAACUUAAAAUUGUAUUUAACAAAUUCAUGCCUAUAGAACGUGAAAACUCGUAUGUAAAAAUUGGUUUUCC